AUGCCGAUUGAAUUCACCGUAUUCAAAGGAUCCAAGGAUGGAUCCAUUCGUCAGGACACGACCCGACGAAACGACCUCCAGCGCGACGAUGUGCUCGUUCGCAUCACCCACUCCGGAGUUUGCUUCACCGAUGUCCACUACAAGACCUCCGAUAUGGCCUUGGGCCACGAGGGAGCCGGUGUCGUGGAGGCCACUGGCCCGGAUGUGAGACACCUGAAAAAGGGUGACCGCGUGGGUUGGGGUUAUGAGCACGACUGUUGUGGCCAAUGCCGGGAAUGCCUGACUGGCUGGGAGACCCUCUGCGCCGAGCGCAAGAUGUAUGCGAUGGCCGACUUGGACCAGGGCUCCUUCGGAAGCCACGCGGUGUGGCGCGAGGCAUUCCUGUUUUCCAUCCCCGAAAACGUGGACAACGAAGAUGCGGGUCCAUUGAUGUGCGGUGGAUCGACAGUCUGGAAUGCGCUGCACGUCGCGCAGGUUCGGCCGACUGCGCGCGUGGGAAUCAUCGGCGUGGGUGGUCUCGGGCAUUUGGCUAUUCAAUUCGCGGCCAAGAUGGGUUGUCAAGUCACCGUCUUCUCAGGCACCGACAGCAAGAAGGAUGAGGCCAUCAAGUUGGGUGCCACGGAGUUCAUUGCCACCAAGGGUGCAAAAGAACUGAAAGUCAAGAAGCCCCUCGACAAUCUUAUCGUCACCACGAGUAGCCAGCCGGACUGGCAACUCUACCUCAAUGUGAUGGCUCCGAACGGUGUCAUCUCGCCUCUCUCCGUCGAUGCCGGCGAUCUCAAGAUCCCGUACAUGCCCUUGUUGCUCAACGGCCUCCGCGUUCAGGGCGGCAUUGUCUCGGCGCGACAGGUCCACCGGGAUAUGCUGGAGUUUGCAGCAGUGCAUGGCAUCAAGCCCGUGAAAAUGACCUUCCCCAUGACAUUGGAGGGCGUGAAGGAGAGUCUCAAGACAUUGGAAGACGGCAAGAUGCGAUACCGUGGGGUUCUUGUUGCAGAGAAAUAG